AUGGAUUCAGAACUUUCCGCCGAUAAAUUGCAGGAGAUGGAGACGCAGCUCGCCAUGGUUUUGGAAGGCCAGCGCCAGACUAUGAAGCUGCUUGACAGGUGUUUCAGCCGCUGCGUCGACGUUCCCGGCAAUUCGCUGACGUCGGCUCAGCAACAGUGUAUCAGCAACUGCACCAAGACAUACUGGCAGGCUUCCAUGUUCUGCACAGAGCGAUUGCGGGGUCUGGCUGAAAAGGAACUUCAAGCUCAGGAAAGCGCAUCGGGGUUUUCCCGGUGA